GGGCAGGUGGGAGUGGGGCCGUUCCCGCUCUGAUACCAGUGUGGCGGACCCGCCGGGAUGGCGGUCCGUCAGGAUGGCGGUCCGUCAGGAUCAAGACGAAGGGAUGAGGAUGGAGGAGAUGGAGAUGGAGCUGAAACGGACAGCGUAGCUCCAUCGCGGACUCAACACGCACGACCACCUGGCCCGCCCCCAAACGGAGGUGGAGGGGGAGGAGGCGGGUGGAACGAAGGACAAGGAGGACAAGGUGGACCGGGAGGAUGGAACRGCAAUGGAGGGGGUUGGAACAAUGGGAACGGAGGAGGGAGGAACAAUGGAAAUGGUGGAAACUGUAACAACGGAGGAGGAUAUGGGGGAAACUGGAAUAAUGGAGGUAAUGGAGGCAACUGGAACAAUGGAGGAGGAAACURGAAUAACAACGGAGGGAACGGGAACAGCGGUGGAAGCUGGAAUAAYGGAGGUGGAGGACAGAGACGAGGUCCAAAAUGCUACAAUUGUGGGCAACUUGGACAUAUUGCAAGAGAAUGCAAUAAUCAACGACAACCUUUUCAAGGACAACAAGGCAACUACCAAGCUCAGCAUACGAACGACGCAUCAAGUAGCUCUAACGCCUUUUCGGAAGCACCAGCCACUGCUACGCUAAGUAAGGACGUGGAAAACUCACUCAAGAACAUGGCCAUAUUCGUACAGCGACAAAUGGAGAAGGAAGAAGAGGAGAAGCAACAGAAGAAGGAAGCUGAUGAAAGGAAAAAGAAAGCGGAGGAAGAAAGAGCCGCGAGGGAAGAAGCGAAUAGAAUAGCCUUGGAGAGAAAGAAGGCGAAAGAUCUUAAGGAGGCGAAAAGGAACUGGGAAUUCGAGAAAGUGCUUGCUAAACAGAAAGAGGCAAUAGAGGAAGAAUUUGAGCGGAGAUUAGAGAGUAGACUGAAGGGGGUAAUGAUCACUGAGAAGAUCGUGAAAGCGAAGACGAAGCAGAAAACACCAUCACCUGCUAACUCGGACUCUGAAGAAGAAGAGGAAGCAUUGCAUGAUGAGAGAUUUGAUAAACGAAAAAGACAGGCUGGCCAAACUUCUGGUGGACAAAUUAGCCCUGCUGGAACACCUGCAAAAAUUGGUCGACAAGAAGCUAAUGAGGAACUGCCACCAAGAACCAUGGAGGAAUGCGACCUGGGUGAAAUGCUUAGAGGAAGAGGACGCGUCAGAAAGGAAGGGAAUGGGUUCCCUAUCCAUGAUUCUGCCCUGUGGGAAGGCGCUCCAGUUGAUGUGGAUAGCAAGACAGAAGCGGCCUUUAAGAAGCAAGUACGGAAGUUUCUGACGAAGAAAARCGUACCUACUAUCCAAGAGAUGUGUAGGGAAGCAGGCAUGGCUUACCGAGGAAGACCCAAAGCUAUGGACGAACUCGUUGAGCUCCGUACGAUGUACUUCUACAGGAAGCUCCGCACACCACGCCGAGGAGGGAUCGUGAUCCGUGAACCAUCAAYCGCAAUACGAGCUCCGAGAACACCCUCGACCCAAAUUGACCAUCUGAAUCCGUCAGAAGACUGAUAUAUUUGGAAUGAUCUUAGGCACUACCUCCACGUACGCCACGAGCUUACCGGUAGAAACGAUGCACAAACUAAACGAAUUAGAUUAUUAAUUGAGAGGAUUCUUAGACUCUGCAUUGUUAUUCUUGCUUGUCAAGGGGAAUUAAACUGGGGAAAUAAAUUCAUUGAUAGUUGGGUUCACCUUAUUACGAACGAAAGGGAUAAAUGGGAAAACCCGAC